AUGUUUCCUAAAAAUUUCACAAUAGAUGCAUCAGGAAACCCCUUUGUCUGCACUUGUGACUUGCGCUGGUUUCUGAAGUGGCUAAGCUCUAGCAACGUUGAAGUCAUCCAUCCAAAUGAUACAAAUUGCUCACAAUCUUCCUUCAAAGACAUGGUAAAAUCACCAAUCCUGUCAUUCAAUCCGGAUAAAUACUGUGGCAUUAACAUCCUUCUUAUAACAAGUGUGUCUUUCGCAGUUCUUUUGGUUGCAGCCUUUUCCUUGUUGGCAUACUGGAAGCGAUGGUGGUUCAACUACAAGGUGUUCCUUCUUAGACUUGCCAUUUGUGGCUACAAGGAGUUGGUCCAGGACUUUGAGGACCAGGACUAUGAGUACCAGCUCAACCUGAUGUACCAAGAGGAAGACGAGGAAUGGGUGGAUGACAUCAUGAAGCCAGUUCUACAGGAAAGGUUUCCACAGCUUGAGAGAGUGGCCUUUGGUGACAACGACCUCCACCUCGGGAUGUUCUACAUCAAUGCUCUCCAUUAUGCCGUUGAGAACAGCUUCAAGACAGUUAUUCUGCUAAGCAAGAAUUCUGUGCGUGAAGCCUGGUUUAUUACCAAGGUACGUAUCGCCCUAGAGGAACUCAAUGACAGCAGACUGGACAAGAUCAUACUGUUUUUCCUUGAGGAUAUCGAGGAUGACGAUCUCCCAUACCUGGUCAGGUUGUUUCUGAGUAAGAACAAACCUUACAUGCUGUGGACGGACGAUGAAGAUGGUCAAGAACUAUUCUGGGCUCAGUUUGAGAAGAGCAUGAGAGGAAAUAGGCAACUCAAUAGUGUUAUUCCUGUCUAAUUACACGACCUGUUA